AUGGGUAACUGCAUACACCGUGAAUCCUCCACCCAAUGGGGCGGCGACGACUGGGGAUCAUCACCGGCGCCGCCGUCAGACAACAUAGAAGGUCAGCUUCUCGGAGAUCUUAACAGAGACUUCACAAAAUCUCCAUCUGCAGCUACUAAGACAUCGAAUAAAGAAAUAAAGAUCAAAAUUACGAAGAAACAGCUGGAGGAAUUGUUGGGUAGAAUUGAUACGGAAGAAUUAUCGAUAGAACAAGUUUUAGGUCAGUUGAUUAGUGUUAGUAAUCAAUCGUUUAAUGCGCAUCAAAGAUCAUGGAGGCCUAAUUUGCAGAGUAUUCCUGAAUCCAUGAAUUUUCAGAAAUUCAAUUGUGAUGCGAAGCUAAGUAAAGAAGAACGGCACCUCGGCGUCCAACAUCUUUCCAGCAAUCGACUUAUUAAGACUAUAAGCUAUUUUAUAUUUUUAUUUUUGUAA